AUGGGCGACUCCCAGGCUUGGCUGUGGCUGCCGGAAGAGUCUCGGGUUCCACUCUGUGACUCAGAAUUGCUGAGAUUACGACCACUGCCACGACCAAAACCACUUGCCAAUCACACACCAUCCUUCCUUGCAGGAUCCUACGAUUCCUACGAGUCGUACGAGUCUGAAGAACCGAAUUACGACUUCAGGUACGUGGUCAAAGACUACUACGGCAACGACUUCGGUCAGAGGGAGCAGCGCGCUGGUGACUACAACCAGCUGCCCGACGGCCGCUACCAGACGGUGAAGUAUGUGGUGGACGGCUACUCUGGUUUCGUGGCCGACGUCAGCUACGAGGGCGAGGCUCACUACGACUCUGGCUCCUACGAGUCUUCUGAACACUACAGGCCGACCUACCACUCAGGCUCUCAGGAACGUUACAGGCCAAGGUACGACUCUGAGUCCCACGAGUAUUACAGGCCAAGCUACAGGUACGUCUACAGCGGCUGA